AGCUCAGGUUCUUCCGCCGCAUUCGCGCGCGAGUUGGUCGGUUCCUGUGUUCCGGAUCCCGCGGUUCCUCGCCAUCAUGCCGAUGUUCGUGGUGAACACCAACGUGCCCCGCGCCUCUGUGCCGGACGGACUCCUCUCCGAGCUCACCCAGCAGCUGGCACAGGCCACGGGCAAGCCGGCGCAGUACAUCGCAGUGCACGUGGUCCCGGACCAGCUCAUGGCCUUCGGGGGCUCCAGCGAGCCGUGCGCGCUCUGCAGCCUGCACAGCAUAGGCAAGAUCGGCGGCGCGCAGAACCGCUCCUACAGCAAGCUGCUGUGUGGCCUGCUGGCCGAACGCCUGCGCAUCAGCCCGGACAGAAUCUACAUCAACUACUACGACAUGAACGCGGCCAACGUGGGCUGGAACGGCUCCACCUUCGCCUGAGGGCCGCGCCCCAGAUCCCGGUCUCUGCGUGGUUUUCUGCUCACCCCGCCCCCAGCAAUUCCACUUCCCAGAAGGGAGAAAUAAACGAUGUGGAGACUA